AUGAAAAUUGCAAGUUUUUUGGUUGCCUUAAUCUUCAAUUGGUUAUUAUGGACUUUUGUUAAAACUACUUCAAUUGAAGAAGGUCUAGCUGAUGAAAAUGAGGAUAUGAAAAAGGAUCUUUCUAAAAUAGUAAAUGAUGAGGCUGGGUCGUCUGACAUUCCUCAAAUACAAAAAUAUAAAGAAACUUUAAAAUCAAAAUUAAAAAAUACAAAGGAAACAGAUAGAGGAGACAAAUUGUUUAAUAAAAAUGAAUAUGAUAAGGAAUAUUACCGAAAGAAUAAAGAAAGGAUGCUUGAAAAGAGACGAAAUUACUAUGAAAAGAAUAAAGCCAAGGAACUUGAACGUAAACGAAAAUACCGAGAACAUAAUAAGGAAAAGAUAAAUGAGUAUCAAAGAAAUUACUAUGAAAUUAAUAAAAAUAAGUUGAAAAAUGAUAGUAAAUCUUACUACGAAAAAAAUAAGGAUACGGUACUGAAAAAACAGAAAAUAUAUAAACAGGAUAAUAAGGAAAAACGGAAUGAAUACUUGAGAAAAUCCAGACAGAAAAAGAAAAAUGUUCAAUCCGAUAAUAUUGAAGGAACUUUAUUUGUUAAUCCACAGACCGGUGAUUUUAUUAAUAAAGGUAAAUUACCAAUUGUCUGCCAGAUGGAAGGAAAUACUCUUUUGAAUCAUGAGGAAAAAGAAAAAAAUAAUGGUGAAGAUGAGCAAAAUCAAAUUGAGAUAAAAGAGCCCAUUAAAAUUCUUGAAGAUGACACAAAUCAAAUUUAUUCAAAUAACAAAAUACGUCCUUUUGAUCUAAACGAGUAUCCUGAGGAUGAGAAAUCGCAAGAUUAA